AUGGCUCCGAGGGCGAAGGCUUGCAACCCCGGUGGCGAGGGAUGCGGCGGCGGAGACUGGAAGGGGAUGCACUACCGGGGCGUCCGGAAGCGGCCAUGGGGGCGGUACGCGGCGGAGAUCCGGGACCCGGCCAAGAAGUGCCGCGUGUGGCUCGGCACCUUCGACACCGCCGAGGAGGCCGCCCGCGCCUACGACGCCGCCGCCUGCCGAUUCCGUGGCCCCAAAGCCAAGACCAACUUUCCCUGUCCCGCCGAAUCCCUCGCCUGCGCCACCGGAUUAGCGGCCGGAACGGCGGCGCCAGCCAGCCCCAGCAACAGCACCGUCGAGUCGUCCACCUCCUCGAGGCGGCCCGCCGUCGGUCUCUCGCCGCUAAAUCUCGCGCUGCGGCGGUCGUCCUCCCUGUCCCCCUUCCCGCACUCGGACCUGAUCGCUGCUGCCAAGAAAUCGGCGGCGGUUAGGGAUUUCAGAGGGCCGGCUUGUGGCGGGGUGGAGAGCGACUCAGACUCGUCCUCGGUGGUGGAUUGUCCUCGCUCCCCAACAUCCGUCUGGCCGACGGACACGAUUCGCUUCGAUUUGGAUCUCAACCUGCCGCCUCCGCCGGAGUUCGCGUGA